ACCCAGUAGCAUUGAUGUACGUCCGGACUUCGCGACUAACGUGGCGAGGCAUACUUGCUAACGCGCUCCAUUCCAGUUUGAACGAGGCACGAUUUCCUACAUGAUAACAGCAACUCUGACGCGUCCGACCUCGAUAUCUCCGACAUCAUCCUGCGAUCGAAAAAUCCAGUUGGUCGAGCAAAUAGACAUUGGCUCCCUCGCGCCGCCUCGCCCCCGAACCAUCUACCUCGAGCCAAUCUCCAAGAAAUCGAGACGAAAGCGGACCGCUGGCAACGACAAGAAUGCUGCCACAGUGGAAACUACGGAGCAAGGGUCAGAUGCUGAGCAGCACGAUGCUGAGCGUGUGGUAGAGUCACCAGCGCCGACAGAAGAUCAUCCGCAUGAUCCGCUCGAAUACCCCCGAAGCCCAACGCACACCGAUAUACAGAGCGAAGUCAGCGGCGACAGUACCGUCAGCUCGAGCACGGGUAUCAGUCUGGCUAGGGCUGAGCCUCAGUUGGCCAGCAGCUCGCUGACAAAUUCAAAAAUGCAAGCUGUCGAUGAAAAGACGAUUACGGCAACGAUUGAGAUGCUGAAGGGCGGGGCUUUACCAGGCGACACAGUGUCAGUCAAGGUCUCGGUGCAGCACAUCAAACGGAUAAAGAGCAUGCAUGGUGUCAUUGUCACCAUGUACCGGCAGGGCAGGGUUGAUACGGCACCGCCAGCUUCCAUGUUCGCCGACAUCAUGUCGAAAGAAGAGACCCGCAAGCUGGCGAAAGAAGACUACUACCCGCGGUCACGGACUGGGCUUGGUGGCCUUUCGCUGACCUCGACUUCGUCACUGAGCGUCUUCCGGAAGGACCUGUCCCAGUCUGUUGCUCCACUCAUUAUCGAUCCAGUUACGCUGGAAACGACGGUGACAGCAUCGCUCAAGGUGCCCGAAGAUGUUUUCCCGACCAUCAAAGGCGUGCCUGGGGAUAUGGUCAGCUUCAAGUACCAAGUGGAGGUCCUGGUCGAUUUGGGUGGCAGGCUCGCGAGCCAACUUCAAGGUGGAGGCCAGUCCAGGGUAGCUCAGUUCGCACCCGGGUCGGGAGCCACCGAUGGCAACAACGCGGCGCUCAACUCGUGGGGAGGAAACGUGAUAGACACGGAUCGGUUACGACGCGAAAAAGGUGUCAUAUCGGUCGUUUUUGAGGUCAUUCUAGGUUCUACGGAUAGUUCAAGGUUACGCGGGCGGAGUAAUACGUUGCGGACGUUGCAGAUGCGAGAAGGAUCGCUCAGCAGGGAAGAAGUUUCUAGCCCCUGGCCGACGGACGAUAUCCACGCGGACGACGGUGAGAGCUACUGGCCGCAGCCUCCCGAGAUGCCGGGCCCUCUCAGCCGGCAGCCUACGAUCACGAUACACCCCACGAGUCCUCCAGAUGAGAUGCAAGCACCAGCUUACGUACCUCCCCCACAAGUUCCGGACGAGGGUAGCAUGACGGAGAAAGAGCGGGCACGGCGUCAAGAAGAGAGACUUUUACCGAGUCGACCGCCCCAGAUAUCAGAAGCGGGCCCGUCAGGGGCAUCAGCACCGGAGCCGAACAUCUACGACGCCGAGGACGAGCCCCAGUCCGAACUGCAAUCGCACCACGGUGCGAAUGUGGUGGAGGAAGAGGCAUCCGCGCCAACGCUGGAAGAUAUAUCUACCCAUCAAGAAGCGCGGACAGAAGACAAACAGGAGCUCGAGCGGCAACGGCUGCUGGUCGAAGCCAGCGCGCCACCGGAAUUCCCAGACGAUUACGAUGCGGGACCCAGUGCGUCGGCAUCGGCACCGCCAGCGGACGUGGCCGAGCCGUCGGCGCCGGUACUAGCGGACGAAGACGACUACGGGCAGCAGUACAGUUACAGCACAGAAGCAGGCGCUGGACAGUCCAGCCACCAACACCACGCAGCAGGCUCAGAACCGCUGCCGAGGUAUGAGCGAUGAUGACACAUUGGGAGAGGGGUGGGGAGCACGAGGUACGAAGAACCAUGGUUGAAUAGUGUAUAAUAAGUGUGGUUGUUGUGAGCAUUUGCGAGUGCGUCAUCUACAAAGUAACUAUAGAGACACGAACGUGUGAAACGAAAAUUUGAGAGCGAAAAUACAGCAAGCAAUAUGACAUA